AUGAGCUGCCAAACAUUCGCUUCCUCAGACACCUUUGUGCCCUUGAAUUCUGACUCUUCUCCCUCUCUGCCUCUGAUAAUGCACCACAGCGCUGCAGAGUGCCUGCAGGUCUCCAACCACACCACCAGUGUUGUGUCUACAGUCCCAUCUGUUUUCUCUUUGCUCCCAACUCGUGCGUGUUCGUGCGUUGGCUUUGCUGCGACGACGCCGGGACACCCUUGGCCAGGCCUGCACUACUCCGUGCCCUCCUGUCACUAUGGGAAUCAACCCUCCACCUAUGGGGUGAUGGCAGGUGGCCUGACCCCCUGCCUGUACAAGUUCCCGGAGCACGCUCUGGGUGCCAGCUCCUGUGCCCUGGGCCACGGCUUCACUGCCCUGCCCCAGCCCCUGCUCACGGACGAGCCCGCAGCCCCGGAGUUCAAGCAGGAGUUCCGCAGGAAGAGCAAGCCCGCGGAGGAGCCCGUGGACAUGGACUCCCCGGAAAUCAGGGAGCUGGAGAAAUUCGCCAACGAGUUCAAGCUGCGGAGAAUCAAGCUGGGUUAUACACAAACCAACGUCGGAGAAGCCCUGGCUGCUGUGCAUGGCUCCGAGUUCAGCCAGACGACGAUUUGCCGCUUUGAGAACUUGCAGCUGAGCUUCAAGAACGCGUGCAAGCUGAAAUCCAUCCUGUCCAAGUGGCUGGAGGAAGCAGAACAAGUGGGAGCUUUGUACAAUGAAAAAGUUGGGGUGAAUGAACGGAAGAGGAAGCGCAGAACCACCAUAAGCAUCGCUGCCAAGGAAGCCCUGGAGAGGCACUUUGGAGAACAAAGUAAGCCAUCUUCUCAGGAAAUCAUGAGGAUGGCUGAGGGGCUCAAUCUUGAGAAGGAAGUCGUGAGAGUUUGGUUUUGCAACAGAAGACAAAGGGAAAAAAGAGUGAAGACCAGUUUACACCAGAAUGCCUUCAGUUCUAUCAUCAAGGAGCACCACGAAUGCCGGUGA